AUGUUCAAUUCUAGCAAGUAUGCAGUGGAUCGGAGCAAAAUAUUUAAUCAUGGAAAUGCAGUUGGUCGGAGCCCACCAUCGAAUCAUGGAAAUGCACCUGGUAGCCAACCAUCGAAUCAUGGAAAUGCAGCUGGUCGGAGCCAACCAUCGAAUCAUGGAAAUGCAGCUGGGAGCCAACAAUCGAAUCAUGGAAAUGUAGCUGGUCGGAGCCUACCAUCGAAUCUUGGAAAUGCAGCUGGUCGGAACCCACCAGUGAAUCUUGGAAAUGCAGCUGGUCGGAGCCAAGCAUUGAAUCUUGGAAAUGCAGCUGGUCUGAGCUCACCAUCGAAUCUUGGAAUUGCAGCUGGUAGGAGCCCACCAGUUAAUCUUGGAAAUGCAGCUGGUCGGAGCCAAGCAUUGAAUCUUGGAAAUGCAGCUGGUCUGAGCCCACCAGUGAAUCUUGGAAAUGCAGCUGGUCGGAGCCAAGCAUUGAAUCUUGGAAAUGCAGCUGGUCGGAGCCAAGCAUUGAAUCUUGGAAAUGCAGCUGAUCGGGGCCAACCAUCGAAUCUUGGAAAUGUUGCUGGUCGGAGCCUACCAUCGAAUCAUGGAAAUGCAGCUGGUCUGAGCCCACCAUCGAAUCUUGGAAAUGCAGCUGGUCGAAGUCAACCAUUAAACCUAAGAAAU